AUGAAUACAUCGACUGGUACUUCGUUGUCAGUCUUUAGUGCAGUUGAAAAUUUCAUAUUGCAGAGACCUCAACGACAACGAAGACGAUCCAACAGUUCAAACGACAUACUGGCGCACGUAAGCGUUAAAGCCGUGAGAUCUCCUAGGAGAGAUGCCUCAUAUAAUAACAUACCACGUCCACCCAGGCUAGCUUAUGAUACUUCUUCACAAGCUUUCGCUUCUAUAAUGCCAAGGACACCACCUCCAUCUCGACAGGUAUAUGCUAGACCUGAGUAUGGACCACCACAAACUCAUACACAAUAUAGGAACGAGAUAAAUACUACAUACAGAAGUGGUAGUUCACCUUCGAGAGGAUCAAGAACUACUAGUUUUGGAAGUAGUACAAGUGGUAGUAGUCGUAUGAGUGUAGGCAGUCAGCAGGUACCUUCGUCUUUGUCAGCUUUCUAUAACGAACGUAUAGAAAAAACGACAAGUUUUGAUGAUGAGGAUAGUGCGGGCGAGGAGACAAUGUCUUGUAAUUCACCAAUAUAUGAUGAUUAUGAUGAAGCAUUCAUAGUCGAUUCAAGUCUUGCGCAAGAAGUUUAUUUAUUACGCAAGGAAAUUGAUGCAGUUAAAAAUAGUUUGGCAGGUUUACAAAAAAAUCGAGUGGAUACGUUGAACGAGAAAAAACAACUCGAACAACAAUAUCAGGAAGCCAAAAGUGAAGUUACAAGAACUUUAGAAAUCAGUAUAAAUGAUUCAUUAUCAUUUAAAUUAGAAUUAUCUCAAUCACAACUUGAAAAAAGUAAACGAGAUUUUCGAGAUCUUUUAACUGUUAAAGAGAAAAUUGAAAUUAGUUUUGAAACUCAAGAACGAGAAUAUUGUGAACGAAUACGACAAUUUGAGGCGGUUAUAAGUCAUCGCAGUCAUAAUUCGCGAUCAUCAAUAAGUUUUUUGGCACAACAAAGGCAACAAUCUGGUUUGAGUUCUAUACCACCACGUGAUCAUAAUCGCAGUCAGUCGAAAAGUCAUUCGAAACAGAAAAGUAUAAAUGAUUUGACGGCUAUUAAUGAUACCGGUUCUGCAGGCUCAACUGGUUCAGGUAGUUGUCUUGAUGGAGAGAAACGAAAAUCAGGUCAAUUAAAAGACAUUACACGAACAAUAAACCAAAUGGAACAUUGUCAUUCAUCAGAAUUGAUGCCAUCAUAUUGUUUAUCACCACCUAGGACUCGCAUACAAUCAUAUGCAAACCCAGCUUUACUAUUUACAGAUGAAGAAAGAGUUCGACAUCAUACACGUUUCAGCCUGGCAAAACGAUGGGUUGAAGACGAUGAAGUAUCAGAAUGUCAACAAGCUGGUUGUUUGAUCAAAUUUAAUUGGUGGAAUCGAAGGCAUCAUUGCCGGAGUGCCUUCUCUAUGUUGCUAUUUCCAGAUGGUAGUGAAGAUUGGGGUGGUGUAUGGUCAAGAGUAUGUGAAGGAUGUUUCAAAAACACAUAA